CUCCACAACAGCGAUGGCGGACGUGGGCAGCAGCGGCUGCGGGGCCGCGGACAGCAUCACGGAACACGAGCGGAUCCUGCAGGAGGUGGAGAGCACCGACACGGCCUGCGUGGGGCCCACGCUGCGGUCCAUCUACGAUGACCAGCCCAACACCCACAAGCGCUUCAUGGAGAAGCUGGACGCCCGGAUCAGGAACCACGACCGCGAGAUCGAGAAGAUGUGCAACUUCCACCACCAGGGCUUCGUGGACGCCAUCACGGAGCUGCUCAAGGUCCGGGCCGACGCAGAGAAGCUCAUGGGUCAGGUCACAGACACCAACCGGAGGCUGCAGGAGGCCGGGAGUGAAGUAACAUCUCAGACGGAGGAGGUGAUUCGCUGCAGGAUCCAGCAGAGGAACAUGGCGACCACGGUGGAGAAGCUGCAGCUCUGCAUCCCGGUUCUGGAGAUGUACAGCAAACUGAAGGAGCAGCUGGAGUCCAGGAGAUAUUACGCUGCACUGAAGACCAUGGAGCAGCUGGAGAAGGUUUACAUCCCCAGGGUGAGCCACUACCGGUUCUGCCAGAUCAUGGCCGAGAACCUGCCGAAGCUCCGGGAGGAGAUCAAGGACGUCUCCAUGUCGGACCUCAAGGACUUCCUGGAGAGCAUCCGGAAACACUCGGACAAGGUCGGGGAGACGGCCAUGAGACAGGCGCAGCAGCACCGGACCUUCAACAGCGCCGUGGCUAAGCAGGUGAGCACCGGCCACUUCACCAAGCCGGUUUACUCCCUGAACGGACGGACGCACGCUAACGUUCCCAACGGGCUGCUGGCGGAGGACGAGGCGGGAGAGGAGGAGGACGCUGAUGAAGAGGUUCUCACGGCUCAGGACCUGGUGGAUUUCUCACCUGUUUACAGGUGUCUGCACAUCUACACGGUGCUGGGCGACCGAGAGACGUUUGAGAACUAUUACCGGAAACAGAGGAAGAAACAAGCGCGGCUGGUGCUGCAGCCGCAGGCCAACAUGCACGAGACGGUGGAGGGAUACCGACGCUACUUCAACCAGAUCGUAGGGUUCUUCGUGGUGGAGGACCACGUCCUCCACGCCACGCGGGGUCUGGUGACCCGGAGCUUCACUGACGAGCUGUGGAACAUGGCCCUGUCCAAGAUCAUCGCCGUGCUGCGGACGCACUCGUCCUACUGUGAGGAUCCAGAUCUGGUUCUGGAGCUGAAGAAUCUCAUCGUCAUCUUCGCAGACACACUGCAGGGCUACGGGUUCCCGGUGAACCGGCUCUUCGAUCUUCUGUUCGAGGUCCGGGACCAGUACAACGAGACGCUGCUGAAGAAGUGGGCGCUGGUCUUCAGGGAGAUCUUUGAGCUGGACAACUACAGUCCCAUCCCGGUGGAGACGGAGGACGAGUACAAGCUGGUGACCAAACGCUUCCCCUUCAACGACGCCGACGUGCAGAAGCAGGACUUCCCCAAGAAGCUGCCGAUGUCCCAGUCCGUCCCCCAGAUCUACACGCAGGUCAAGGAGUUCAUCUACGCCAGCCUCAAGUUCUCCGAGUCGCUGCACCGCAGCUCCACGGAGGUGGACGACAUGCUGAGAAAAUCCACCAACCUGCUGCUGACCAGAACUCUGAGUUCCUGCCUGCAGAACCUGAUCAAGAAGCCCCACAUCGGCCUGACGGAGCUGGUCCAGAUCAUCAUCAACACCACCCACCUGGAGCAGGCCUGCAGGUUCCUGGAGGAUUUCAUCACCAACAUCACCAACGUUUCACCAGAGACGGUUCACACCACCCGGCUGUACGGCUUGGCAACCUUCAAGGACGCCCGUCACGCCGCCGAGGGCGAGAUCUACACCAAGCUGAACCAGAAGAUCGACGAGUUCAUCCAGCUGGCCGACUACGAGUGGGGCAUGAUCGAGUCAGACGGCCGCGCCUCCGGCUACCUCAUGGACCUCAUCAACUUCCUGCGCUCCACCUUCCAGGUCUUCACGCACCUGCCGGGCAAGGUGGCCCAGACCGCCUGCAUGUCGGCCUGCAAGCAUCUGUCCACGUCGCUGAUGCAGAUGCUGCUGGACUCGGAGCUGAAGCAGAUCAGCAUGGGAGCCGUGCAGCAGUUCAACCUGGACGUCAUCCAGUGUGAACUAUUCGCCAGCUCCGAGCCGGUCCCGGGUUUCCAGGGAGACACGCUGCAGCUGGCCUUCAUCGACCUGAGACAGCUGCUGGACCUGUUCAUGGUCUGGGACUGGUCCACCUACCUGGCCGACUACGGCCAGCCCAACUCCAAGUACCUGCGGGUGAAUCCGGCCACGGCGCUGGCGCUGCUGGAGAAGAUGAAGGACACCAGCAAGAAGAACAACAUCUUCUCUCAGUUCAGGAAGAACGACAGAGACAAGCAGAAGCUGAUUGAGACGGUGGUGAAGCAGCUGAGGAGCCUGGUGAACGGGAUGUCCUCGUAGACCCCCCAUGACCCCUCCCAGACCCCCCCACCGAGGUCCUCCUGGACCCCCAACCCCCCCCAGGGAGGAGCCUGGUCAACGGGAUGUCCUCUUAGACCAGACCUGGAGCCUGG